AUUCGUGAACUGGCCACCUAAUAAAUUCUAGCUGUUAAAUUAAGUACUUGUGGGGGCUACAGUCUGCUGACAUGUGCAGUCGCAGGCUGUGUUUACUGGCUUUUCCGUUCUAGUGCAUUUAAUGAGCUUGUGUUAUUCCGAUCCCCCAUUUUGUUAGCCACAGCAGGGCAGUUGGCAUUAAAUUCCGUAUUGUAGCCUGCACGCUUGCUGCCAGGGCUACAGCAAAGAGAAUAGAUACUUGCUUUGGUGAAUGUUUCCUAUUUUAUUCAGGGAACUUAAAGAUUUGUAAGAUAUUGAGAUGAACGCCAUUUUCACUAUUUCCGCUUAUUACAAGGGCGCAGGGCAUUACGUCAGAUGAUCUGCGUCACUGAGAAGGGAAUCGAUACGCGCAUGCGUCUAGAGAAGUGUCUACUACACGCCGCAAUGCAUUCGCUAAAGGGGCGUGCAGCUCAGUAUUUAGCGCUUGUAUGUAGCAGUUUAGCAAAAAUAAAACCGAAAUGUGUUUGAGACUACUGAAAAUACGGUGUUCGCGUUUUACGCUCAGUCAGUUCUAAAUGUCGCGAUAUGACUAGAUUGUACACCGUGGUUUUAACUUGGUAGCUAAACAUACUAGAUACCCGGAAGCGAGUUGCAGGCAUUACCCAUCUGGAUAUGUAACUUCGUGUUUUUCCUGAACAAAUUCGAAUAAUUUCUGUAAAAUGAACUCAUGAACGUAUGGCCGUCCUCAUGUAGCGUCCGGGAGCGAGAGGCGAGAGUCGUUUUGAAAUGGACGUGAGGACAGUGGUCCAGUUCGCGGCGUUCACAAGAGUCUUGACUUUAGUGUUGCAGGCUGUGUUUAACGCGCUGAUUCCAGACCACGCUGCUGAUGCCUUCAGCCCGCCGCGGGUGGAGGAGGGGGGGGCGCUGGACGGGGUGGUGGAGGCCCUGCUGGGGGGGCUGUCCCGGUGGGAUGCCGAGCACUUCCUGUUCAUCGCGGAGCGCGGCUACGUGUUCGAGCACAACCACGCCUUCUUCCCGCUGCUGCCGCUGGGCCUGCGCGCCACGGCGGGGGUCCUGCGGCCGCUGGCCGGCUGGCUGUCGCUGCGAGGGCGCCUCCUGCUGGCGGUGGCCGUGCUGAACAGCGGCCUGUUCGUCCUGAGCGCCGCGGCGCUGUACGGGCUGGGCCGCGCAGUUCUGCGUGACCGUCGCCUGGCGCUGCUCUCCAGCCUUCUCUUCUGCCUCACGCCCGCCAACGUGUUCCUGGCAGCCGGCUACUCGGAGGCGCUGUUCUCCGCGCUGACGUUCGCGGGGCUGGGGGCGCUGGAGGGGGGGGCCCCGCUGCGGGCCAGCCUGCUGCUCUCCCUGGCCACCGCCUGCCGGGCCAACGGCCUGGCGAACACCGGCUUCCUGGUCUACCUGCCAUUGCGCUGGGGGCUGGCCCAGGCCGGGGGGGUCUGCAGGGGUGCGGGGGGGCUGGGCAGGGGGCUGCGUCUGGUGGGCGUCGGCCUACGCUUCCUGCUCACGGCGGCUGUGGGCUGCGUCCUCGUCGUGCUCCCCUUCGCCGUGUUCCAGCUGUACGGCUACCGCACCUUCUGCACCCCCUCCCUGCUGCCCGAGGAGGUGCCCCCUGCCCUGCUGGCACUGGCGCGGGUCAAAGGUUAUCGGGUCCCCGACGCCACCCAGCCGCCCCCUCCCUGGUGCCACGCCCGGCCCCCCCUGCUCUACUCCUACAUCCAGGACGCGUACUGGGAUGUGGGCUUCCUGCGCUACUUCCAGCUCAGACAGACCCCCAACUUCCUGCUGGCCCUGCCUGUGGCCAUGCUGGUCGCCAUGGCAGCCUGGACAUACGCCGCCGCCAGCCCCGCCCUGUGUCUGCGCCUGGGGCUGUGGGGGGAGCGGCUGAUGGGGGGGGCGGGGAAACCGGCCUCUGGAUUCCUGAACCCCAGAGUGUUCGUGUACGUGGUGCACGCUGGAGUCCUCCUGGCGUUCGGCUUCUUCUGCAUGCAUGUGCAGGUUCUGACCCGGUUCCUGGCCUCCUCGUCCCCUGUGCUUUACUGGUUCAGUGCGCACCUCCUCCUACACCAUGAGCCCCUUCUGCAGGAGGAGCAGCAGCAGGAUGAGCAGCAGGAGGAGCAGCAGCAGGAUGAGCUGCAGGAGGAGCAGCAGCAGGAUGAGCUGCAGGAGGAGCAGCAGCAAGAGCAGAAGCAGACGGAGCAGGGCUCCUCUCUGCACCUCCCCAGGAUGGUAUGGGGAGGCCUGUCCCACAACCCUGUCACCCAUCUGCUGCUCCAGUGGAGGUGCUGCUCCACCCUCUCCCGCUGGCUGCUGGGAUACUUCACCUCCUAUUGGCUGCUGGGCCUGGCACUGCACUGCAACUUCCUGCCCUGGACCUGAUCCAGACCUGUUGCCUUGCGGCUGUGUGAUUAUAGCAUUUAAACUGCUAUUUCUGUGCUAACAGGGCUGUAGCUGGGAUUAUAGCACUGAAACUGUAACAUUUAAACUGUGCUAACAGGGCUGUAGCAGGGAUUAUAGCACUGAAACUGUAACAUUUAAACUGUGCUAACAGGGCUGUAGCAGGGAUUAUAGCACUGAAACUGUAGCAUUUAAACUGUGCUAACAGGGCUGUAUCAGGGAUUAUAGCACUGAAACUGUAGCAUUUAAACUGUGCUAACAGGGCUAGCAGGGCUCUUCCCUUUCACACACACAUGCUAUACGGCCAGAUGCUGAGCUUCCCUGAUGGACUUGCAGUGCUCUGUGUGGAAAAGGGCCUGCGUAUGUUCUGAGACCAUGAAGCUGCACAGAGUAACUGUGCCCUCCACACUGCAGUGCGUCUUCCCUGCCUUCACAGAUCUCCUUAGGGAAACACUCCCACUGAGACACACCCACUGAGACACGCCCACUGAACACCUCACUCCCACUGAGACACACCCACUGAACACCUCACUCCCACUGAGACACGCCCACUGAACACCUCACUCCCACUGAACACCUCACUCCCACUGAGACAUGUCCACUGAACACCUCACUCCCACUGAGACACGCCCACUGAACACCUCACUCCCACUGAGACGCUCCCACUGAACACCUCACUCUCUCUGAGACACGCCCACUGAACACCUCACUCUCACUGAGACGCCCAUAGAACACCUCACUCUCUCUGAGACACGCCCACUGAACACCUCACUCCCACUGAGACACUCCCACUGAACACCUCACUCCCACUGAGACACUCCCACUGAACACCUCACUCCCACUGAGACGCCCAUAGAACACCUCACUCUCUCUGAGACGCCCAUAGAACACCUCAAUCUCACUGAGACCCCCAUAGAACACCUCACAGGAAUGGGUUUUAUGCUGCUGAAUGUGCUUUUCACAGAAAUAGGACACUUUUUGUAUGACCAAAUAAAACAUUUUGAAUACAUUACCUGGA